AUGACUUGCAGACUCCUCGAGGUUGCAUACACUAUGCGAGAUCCAUUUGUUGACGGAUGCUGUGGCGGCAUUGUUAUUGGUGCCGACUGCUGUGUUUGUAACACAAGUGUCUGUGUUUCUCAGGAGUGCUCCUUUUUCUAUGGAAAACGCUACUGCAAGGAGUGUGCUCAGAGGAAUGUGGACCACUUCCCAGCCGAUAUGCGAAGGGUUGGAACUUUUGCAAAAUUUAAAAUCCUAACGAAAGGGCAGCAGGUUAUACACUUUGAGUCUACGUUGCCACAGAAUGGAAUUUACUGGUCCAACGAGUAA